AUGAUUAAAUUAAAAAAUUAUCGACAAUUAUCCGAACAUUAUCAAUCGUUUCUCUAUCAACGUUUUAUUGAUACAUCUCAAAGUGAAAAAUUCGGCUAUCCUAAAGUGAUUGAUUCAAUUGAAAUUAGUAGUAAAACAGAGUCGAAUAUCACACAAUUAUUAACAUUGAUUUUUGACAUUGCUGAACAGUUAUUAGCACCAGGUGGACAAGAUCAAACUGUAUUUCAACCGAGAAUUCCAGCGAAAUAUAUUUAUUUAGAAGAAGCUUUAGAGGAAUAUCGUCACAAUCGAAAAAAAUCGAUUUUAACUGAAAAAGAAUACAAGAAAAGAGAUUUAAUUCAGGAAAUUUUUCAAGGGACAAAUCAGAAUUCAUUUCGUGAUCAUGUUGAACUUCAACAAGCAACCAAAUGGCUUCAUGAAAAUGGUUCAAUUAAAGAACAAGAUUGA